AUGCCAAUGUUGUCCUCAACAAUGGAUUCAUAUAGGAUUCGGUUGAAGAAUACUUCUGAAGUCACCAUGUUUACAUUGCUGGGAUUCACAAAUGAUCCUGAGCUGCAAAUUUAUCUCUUUUUGCUAUUUCUUGCAAUCUAUAUUUUUACUCUGGUAGGAAAUUUGGGACUUGUUUUGCUAGUCGUGAUAGAUUCCAGACUCCACAAUCCCAUGUACUAUUUUCUGAGUUCAUUAUCUUCCUUAGAUGCCUGUUAUUCUUCAGUUGUAACUCCCAAAAUGUUGGUUAAUUUCCUGGCAGAGAAUAAAGACAUUUCUUUCUUUGGUUGUGCUGCACAGAUGCUGCUCUUUGUCACUUUUGGGACCACGGAAAGCAUUCUUUUGGCGGCAAUGGCAUAUGAUCGCUAUGUAGCAAUCUAUAACCCACUUCUAUAUUCAGUAAACAUGUCACCCAGAGUCUAUGUGCCACUCAUCACUGCCUCAUUUGUUUCUGGUUUUCUGCAUGCUACUUUACACACAGUAGCAACAUUUAGCCUCUCCUUCUGUGCAUCCAAUGAAAUUAAACAUGUAUUUUGUGAUAUCCCUCCACUCCUUGCUAUUUCCUGCUCUGACACUCACAUCAACCAACUUUUACUCUUCUACUUUGUGGGUUCUAUUGAACUGCUUACUAUCUUGAUUGUCUUGAUAUCCUAUGGUUUCAUUUUAAUGGCCAUUCUUAGGAUGCAUUCUGCUGAAGGGAGGCGGAAAGUAUUUUCCACCUGUGGCUCUCACCUAACAGGAGUAUCAAUUUAUCAUGGAACAAUCCUCUUCAUGUAUGUUAGACCAAAUUCGAGCAAUGGUUUGGAACAUAACAUGAUAGUGUCUGUAUUUUACACCAUUGUGAUUCCCAUGUUGAAUCCCAUCAUCUACAGUUUGAGGAAUAAAGAUGUAAAAGAAGCAAUGAAAAAGUUAUUUGAGAGACUUGGGUUAAUUAAUAAAAUACAUUUUUAUCAUUGA